AUGCGACCUGUGUUUGACCAAAGAACACGUCGGUUCUACUUGUACGACGCAGAUUCGACCAUCACUGUUGACGAAUCCGCUGGACUAGCAGAGAACGGGGACAUGUGGAUCUCCACAACUGUGGCGGACACUGACUUCCUGUGGCAGACGAAUCUUGACCAACUUAUCACCGUGGAGUAUAUGGACCACUUCAUCCAACACACCCACCACAACGGCAAGUUCCUGAACGCCAUUGCUGAGUUCUUCGUACCCGUGCCACAAGCGAACGACGACGUCGACACCACGGAACGAUCUAGGCAGCCCAUCGUCAACCAAAAGGGAGUGGUAACCUUCGAGACGUCCUACCAUGUUGACCACCAAGGAGGUACAACAAAGACUUCCGGUGCCUGGACCAAUGUGGAUGAUCUGCACGCAGGGUCACAGUCUCUAACAAUCUCUAGAGUUGACGGUGACACUGUGACGGCCUACAUCAGAGCCACUGACAUCCUGGGCAACCAACAGACCGACGAAGUGUCCAUCCACAUCGACAGCACUCCUCCAAUCAUCGAAGACUUCUGGCUGGAGAAGAACGGAGUAGAGGGAAUAACUGUCCACAAUUCCAGAGAUCUUUAUGAUUGUCUGGUAAAAUUCACGACAUACGACAUCCACAGCGGUCUGUACACCAUCUACUGGCGAUUGGUGGAUAUGGCGGACGAGUCCAUUGUGCACGGGGACGGCAACUUGGCCGUUCGCGUCUCAUCCGAUGCUGAGCCUUGUACAGCGGACACCUGUAAGUGUACCCCCAUGGAACCCUGCUACAUGACCAAGUACGAGAUAGCGCCUGACGCAUCCAAGAUGAACAUCCCCAUAGGAGAACACGACAGCGACUACUACUUCUACGUCACCGUCACUAAUCGGGCUCGACUGUCCACCACUGAGAGACUGCAGAUUACAGUUGACAUCAGUCCUCCCGAACCGGGCCACGUCUCAGACAACUAUGCCGGUCAAGCCGAUAUCGACUUUCAGAGUGAUCCAAACAUGCACUUCAGCUGGGAAGGGUUUUUUGAUCACGAGAGCGGCGUGAGGAGUUACCAGGUGUUCUUUGGCACUCGGUGCGGGCUCCCAGGUGACUUCGGCAUCCCUGUGCCUGAUUCGGCAACAGAAAAGACGACCACUGAGCUACAACACAGCUUCACGGCUUCCUCCCUCGGCACGUACUACUGCACCGUGGUCGCCUUUAACCGCGCCCUGUCUGCCUCCGAACCGGUGUGUUCUGAUGGAAUCCUGUACGACACGUCUCCACCCUCCAUAACCAACAUCGUCAUAGAGAACAUCCGGGCAAGGACGGGAGCGAUCAAAGAUGGCGGCGGGAACGUCUGGAUGGUGGAUGACCAACUCAGAAAGGUCGCCGUGGACGGUCCAUCGUCUGCGUGCAGCUCAGCGGCCAGACAGGUUGCCGAUCCCGCUAUCUUCACCGAUCGCCCUACGGUAAACGUCAACGCAGAUUUAAAUGACGACCCAGAAACCGUCAGGAUGGCCACGUCUGCGGGAUGUGAAUCAGAUGGAGCUCUUGGAUCUCCGUUUUUCAUGAUUGUUGACAAGCAUUUGCUUGUCUACUGGAACGGUUCUGACGGAGAGAGUGAGAUAAACGACUACCAGGUCGGCCUGAGUUCUACUGAAUCCGGUGCCUCAAGUCCAGACAUCAUGCCUCUCACCUCAACUCACGGACACACCGUCUUCAAGACAAGGCAUUCUGGUCUGGGCGAGGGACAAGAAUUCUACCUCGGUGUAACGGCGACAAACAAAGCAGGCUUGUCUACCACAAAGACUAUUGGACCGAUUGUAGUUGACGCAAGGCCCCCUACGUUCUCAGGCCAGGUGACAGUGACGCUGGAAGAUGACUACCUCGUAGCACGAUGGCCUGCUAAUGGGUUUUCCGACGAUGAGGAUACCGAUUUGCUUACCUACGAGUACGCCGUCGGCCAUCAGGCUAACAGAGAGGACAUCUUGGAGUACACAGCCUUGAGUAGCGUGGGUCCGUGUGGGGGCGCCACCGGCUGCACAGCCAUUCACAGGGACAGUCUACAGUGGGGUCUACACGGAACGCAUUCAUACUACGUGUCAGUCAAAGCCACGGACUUUGUGGGACUGACCACUGUGGCCACGUCCUCUCCGUACGUUCAUUACGAGGGUGAGCCGACUGCUGGAGUGGUGGAGGACAUCAAUCCUGAUCCACAGGCUCCUGUUUUCGACUAUCUUCAGCCGGCCGACGCAGACUUCCAGACGACCACCAGCACGUUGUCGGCUCGCUGGUCCGGCUUCCUACACGAACAUCAGGACAUCUCGUACCAGGUGGGGGCCGGGACGUCACCAGGUGCCACGGAUGUGGUCGGCUUUACUUCGGUUGGACAGAACACGGAGUGGAGCAGGGAUGGACUCAGUCUUACAUCCUUCCAGACCUAUUACAUCACUGUAAAGGCCAGUAACAGCAUCGGGGACACAACUGUCACCUCAGAUGGAAUAACGGUUCUACAAGAUGGAGACGCUCUUCAGGGGGCAGAGGUCAUCGACGGGCAGGAAUGUUCUGACCAACACGAUGAAACAUAUCAAAUGCAGACCAUCCGCUCUGCGUGCUACGACACAUCGCCGUCAAUCUACCAAACGUCAAAGACAGCAGUGGCUGCCCAUUGGUCUAUCCCACCUGCCAAUCAAGCUCACGUGACCCACGUCCAAUGGUCCAUCGUGCAGGAUGUAGAGGGUGAGGAGACUGUGGUACAGGACUAUGUCAACCUUGGCAUGGCGACCCACGGGAUGGCCGUUAAUCAAGAUUUGUACCUCUCUCCCGCUGUCACCUACAAGUCGAAAGUCUUGUUCUGUCAUCAAGCAGGCUGCUUUGCUCCAGUCUACAGUUCAGGAUUCCUGGUGGCUCCUGACCCACCACUUCCCGGAACACUUCACAUCACCAGUCCGUACCCAGACUCGGGCACCAGGAGCGCUGACGUCACCUUUGACAAGUUCAGUGACCUUUACUACCCUACUGAUGACGUCAUGAACUUCUAUGACUGGGCCGUCGCAGAUGACUCGGAGAAUGGAAAAUUACUGACUGACUGGGCUACAGUCGUGCCAACAUCAUCCAAUGAAACAACAAUUUCUUUCUCCGUUGACGGGUUGCCUCGCGAUCUCACCAAGUGUCUGAGUCUGGUUGUGAGAGGACACGCCCACACGGGGUUGUCAGCAUCUGUGUCCAGGGAGAUUGUCCAGUGCGAAGAAACCAGCACCAACAGAGGACUGAACUACUCAACUGUCAUAGAUACUCGCCCAAACAUUACACUGGAGUUGAACGCAGACUGGACUGAGUAUGACAUCGAUUACACCAAUGAGACGACGAUGCUGUCUGCCGUUUGGCCGACAUUACGUCACCGGAAGUACGAGUGGGCUGUCCUUGAGGACAAGUCAGGGUCCAGUCUGUCCGCAAUGGCUGGACACCACCUCAGCGUUCCCAACCCGUGUGACCACCAGGAUAUGAUAGAGUGUGGAAGAACAACCAGUGAAUAUAUCAACGUGGAGGGUCUGAGCCUGGAGCAGAACAAGCGGUACAUCGUGUGCAUCCAUGCGGAGGAGACGUCCAUAACAUACGAGAAGUGGGUGGAGACGCUACCGGACACGGCCGUCUGUAGCAGCGGGGUGACGGUAGACGUGACUCCGCCCAACGCCGAUGCUGCCGACGUCUGGAUUGGCUCCAAUGACAAAUCCAAUUACCAGGUGUCCAGUACAGAGCUUUUUGUACAGUGGGACGGAUUCAUUGAUGUUGAAGAACAUGGCGUCUCUAUGCACCACUCAGGAAUUCAACGUUACGAGUACGCCAUCGGUACGAUUGCUGGAGGAAGCGACGUCCAAGCCUGGACAGAUGUAGGAGUUACAGAUCAUGUUCUACUGCACGGGGUAAGACUGCAACACGGAUGGUCGUACUACGCCACUGUGACAGCUGUGGACUUUGUCGGACUGUCAACAACCAAAUGGUCCCAGAGAGUGACCGUUGACACCACGCCACCACAGAAGUCAGACACACACAUCAAUGUUGGAGGCAGUUUUCACUUCAGUUCGUCAUCUGUGACUGCAAGCUGGGAGGGUGUGUUCUACGACACAGAGAGUGGAGUUUCGUUCUUUGAGUGGGCGGUGGGCUCCAGGGCUGGUCAUGCCGACAUCUACCCCUUCACUAGGGUGGAGGAGACGGAGGCUGAGACAGAUGAGAACAGUCCUCUUCAGCUUCACGAAGGGCACGAAUAUUACGUCUCAAUCAAGGCUUAUAAUGGAGCCGGGCUGAUGACUAUGGCGACUUCCUGGGCCGUGGUUGUUGAGACGUCCCCACCUGAGGCUGGGAACGUGUACGACGGACCCACAUUUGGCACCGUGAACGACAUAGACUUUCAAGAUGACGUCACCACCAUCCAUGCCCACUGGGACGGUUUUUACGACCCUCAUUCUGCCAUUGUGAGCUACACGUGGAGCGUCGGGGGAUGUGCUGGGUGUAGUGACAUUCUUGCUCCACAGAACGUUGGGCUUCUUCAAGCUGUAAGUGUGGACGCCCUUCAGCUGACCCCAGGAGAGACGUACUACGUGACGGUGACGGCGUGUAACGCAGCCGACCUCUGCACCACGGUGUCGUCUGACGGAGUUAUCCCCGACGACUCCCCGCCUGUGGCUGGGAGAGUCCUGGAUGGGGCCCAGGGAGAGGAGGCCUCAUACCAGGCAUCCACAAGCAGUUUGGCUGCCCACUGGUACGGGUUCAAUGACCCCCACUCCGGGCUGUCCCACUAUGAGUGGCGCGCUGGGACCACACCGGGUGGAAGUAACAUCGUGGGAGUCACACAGCUCCAUCUGACGAAUGUAGCUGUAAAGACAGGACUGUCCCUCCCUGUCAACACCAUGAUCUACGUUACUGUGAAGGCCUACAACCGUGUGGGGAUGUCUGUGGAGACCACGUCCAAUGGGUUCCGUGUAGACACAUCUGCACCAACAGUGACGACAGCCGCACACUUUGACCAAACCCACGGUUCCCUUGUGAGUGGGACACAAACAUGGCGGUCUGCUGUGAAGAUAAGAUGGCGGUUUGACGAUAGUGAGAGUCUGGUGGUGGAUCAGCACGUGUCACUGUCCAACCAUCACGGGGCGGAGGUCGCUAACAUAAAGCUCAACGGCACAGUGUACGAGUACACGUUCACUGAGCUCGCACUGGAUGAUGGGAACAACUACGUUGCCAAGGUGAUCGGAUGUAACAACGCUAGACUCUGCUCACAAACACAGACUGGAUCUCUCCUGGUGGACUCCUCGAAGCCGUUGACCGGUCAUUUUGCGGUCAAUACUGACCACGCUGCCAGGCUGACCAGGCACAGGGACAGCUGGAUGACGUACGACAACAGCGGAACUCCGACCCUGAAGCUGGCCUGGCUCGGCUUUAGUGACUACCACUCUGGGAUAGACAGACUCAUGGUGGCUGUCGGGAGUGGCUUCUACGGAAGGGACAAGACUCUGAAUGGUGCACCCCAGGUUCUGGCUCAUGGCAGUCAAGUCGGCGACCAGGAGAAUGACGAAGGUUACGUCUACACAGGGAGUGUUCAACUGUCAAGUUCAGUGUCUGACUACAGCACGCUGUACAUUUCUCUAUGGGCCAUCAACGGGGCUGGGUUGGCGAGUAACGUGCUGCACUCAGCUUUCCAGGCGGUUCCUGCCUCUGGUUCCACCGGGAGUUUGACGCUAGUCCGCCGCUGUGACGCUCACUCCUGCUACGGACACUGCAUCUGUGCACCCUUCAACCAGAACUGUGCACGGCCCACUGACAACACCUGCACACAACUGGACAGCUCUGAUUCAAGCUACUCCAGAAUCGAAGUUUACGACAAAACUGACUACAGUCUCCUGGCCAAUGGGGACACGUCUGACGCCGCCUACACCUACUCCACGUGCGCACUGGCGGCCAACUGGAGGGAGGCUACAAUAGGGUCUACCGGGAGACCCUACAGAUACGAGUGGAGCGCUGGAAUCAGUGGACAAACUGUGGGCUCAGGGCUGUUUGAUCUUGUCUACGACCGUGUCUGGUACGAUGUAGGUCUGGAGACCAGCGCUGUUCUCACCCUCCCUGUUAGAACUUCACUGGAGGUUGGUGUGAGCUAUGUGUUCUACGUGAGGGCCUGGUACACAGACAACAUCUACAGAGAGUUUCAGUCCAACGAUGUGAGAGCUGAUCAAACACCACCGAAAAGGUCAAGUUCAAGAAAGAUCAAAGACCUGACCUCCACCUCAGAACAACAUGACGUGGAGUACAUGGCCCAGACAGACAGCCUGAGUGUCAGCUGGGAGUAUGUCUUCCUCGAUGCCAUCAAUAGUGGUAACGACUAUCAUUUGGAGCACUUUGAGUUAUCCCUGGGCACCUACCCUGGAGGUGAAGACGUGAAGAGAUUUGCCGACAACGUUGUCUCAGGGACCGCCACGUCCCACACCUUCACGGGCUUAUCUCUGCAGUCGGGCAAGACGUACUACACCUCGGUACGGGCGUACAACCAUGCCGGGCUCCACAGCACCUUCCACAGCGAUGGUGUCAUGGUGGACACUGUAGCACCCACAGCAGGAGUGGUCUUUGAUGGGCAAGAUGUCAGGGACAUGGCGUACACUUCGGACGCAACUGUUGUGUCAGCGUCGUGGCAUGGGUUCAACGACCUGGACUCAGGCAUAAACAAACAUUUCUGGUGCAUUGGAGAAACCAACAGCCAAUCAGAGUGCAACAUCAUGGGCUGGACAGACACCGGGCUCAUGCAAGAGGGGACCGUUACUCUCGGAAACAGCUUGACCAAUGGACAACGUUACUACACAAAAGUGAAGGGUCAGGACGCUGCAGGGCACCAGUCACCAGUCGCAGUGUCUGAUGGGUUCCUUGUGGACACCUCCCCACCCAUACCGGAGGCCAACCUACAGAUAGGGGACAACCUGCUCAUCAAUCCUUCAUUUGAAGAUGCAGUUGAUGGUGGAGAAGGUUGGGUACUGGAAGGUGACUCUGUGGUCCAGCACAUCUCCUCCUUACCUACUGAUGACUUCCAGACGAAGCACGGACGUUCUCAUCUCCUUCUUCAUGGCAGCAUGUCUCAGACUUUCACCACUGUGGCAGAUCAAGAAUACAGAAUCUCCUUCUUUGUAAACCAUGACGCGACGACGGACGUUCCCCGCCUGACCCAGGAGGGUUUGCUGACAGCGCCAGGUCUUCAUCAGGUCUUCAAACUGCGGAACAGACAGGUAUCAACUGUCGACACCACCUCUACAGAGCAGUGGGACACCUGGCAAAAACAGAUCUUCUACUUCACUGCUGUCGGCACUAGUUCAACUGUUACCGUCCAAUCUGUGGGGACGAAGGCAGGGAUUUCUCUGGAUAACUUUAAGGUGGAACCGGUGACCUACGCCACCACCACCUUUGACUCCAAGGCCGUGUAUGACGGCUACAUCGACCUGACUGCGCAGACCCUGUCAGACUGGGGGUCGGUGUCGGCCAAGUGGAGCAUGGUGGAUCCAGAGUCCCCUAUUGUGGACUUCUCCUGGGCAAUUGGGACGACAAGAGAAUGA